AAAUUAGCUAGGAGUCAUUAAUUAGAUGAGGGAAAUUAAAUAUUCUUGUUCUUGCAUUUGGUGCCACCAGUGCUGUUGGUGGGUUCUGUUCUGUGUGAAGAUGGAGUCGUAUCUUGUUGGAUCUUUUCCUCAUGCCUCUUCAAUCACCACUGGUGGAAAUCUCUUGCGGAGCAAGGCCAAUAACAACAUUUACCAUGCAAGUUCUUAUGUACCUAAAUCUUCACAACACAAAUGGAAAGCUAAAAAAGAAUAUCCUGUUUCGAGGUCACGGAUGCCAUGUUUGAACAAUCAUUACAAAUACACUGAAGGACUAUCUACAUACCAAGAGGACGAUAGGAAAUAUUCUAUAAAAACAUCUCUAAUUGGAUCAUCUUUUGAAUCUGAACCUCAUGCUGCUGAUCUUCAAAGCAGUUUGGACUCUGCCAAAAAAUUCUUGGUUGCUUUCUACAGGUUUUCCACUCCAUACUCAUACGCAACUAUUGCAAAAAUAUUAUACACAGCUUCUAUAUCUCUCCUCGCGGUGGAGAAAUCAUCAGACAUGUCUUUAUUGUUUUUCACUGGUUUAUUGAAGGUUGUCAUACCACAAAUAUUUAUGGGGAUUUAUCUUAACGGUGUUAAUCAAUUGUAUGAUAUUGAAAUAGAUAAGAUAAACAAGCCACAUCUUCCAUUGGCAUCUGGGCAACUAUCGUAUACAACUGCUGUCUUUAUUAUGACAUCUUCUUUAAUUUUGAGUUGUUGCCUUGCGUGGAUUUUUGGUUCACAGCCAUUGAAUUGGAAUCUUAUGCUAAGUUUCAUGAUAUUGACGGCUUAUUCAAUCAAUGUGCCUCUAUUGAGAUGGAAGGGAAAUCCAAUUCUUGCAGCAAUGACCUUUACUUCUCUUUGGGGAUUUAUUUAUCCAAUCACAUAUUUUCUUCAUAUGCAGACUUUCGUGUUCAAGAGGCCUGCUGUCUUUCCAAGAUCACUCGCUUUUGUUCAUGUAUUAUUGAGCUUCUACUUUGUAGGUAUAUCAUUCUUGAAGGAUAUACCUGAUAUUGAAGGAGAUAAAAAAUUUGGCAUCCAUUCAUUUUCAAUGCGUUUUGGAAAAAAACGGGUAUUUUGGAUUUGUGUAUCCCUUCUUGAAAUGGCUUUCGGAGUAGGCCUCCUGGUCGGAGCAACAUCUUCUUGCUUAAGUAAUAGAAUUGUCACGGUUCUCGGACACGCUGUUCUUGCUUCGGUUCUCGGGUUCCAUGCCAAAUUUGUAGAUUUGGAAAGCAAUGCUUCCACAAUGUCUUUCUAUAAGCUUGUCUGGAAGCUAUUAUAUGCAGAGUGCUUCCUUAUACCUUUCCUUAGAUGAAGAUUAGUUCGUAAAGUUGGCUUGGUGAUAAGUUUUGCCUAAGUGGUGCAUCUAGAUUUUGUCACGGAUUAGAUUUUGUCACGGAUUUUGGGAAUAAAGAAAUGAUUUCUUUAUGUUACUAUAUAUGGAUUUAAGAUGAUGAAAUGUGUCAAUGAAGUUAAUGAAUGAGGGUUGACACUUGUCGCAAUUUUCUCUUUCAGCUUCUGCAUUAUAGUUAUUGUAUAGAUUUCUUCUAAUAGAAACAGUGAUAUUUAUAAAGAA